GUACUUUGCUUUGUAUUCAUUUUAGAAACACAAAUACUAUCCCCCUUCUUCAAAAUUUGGCUGUGAGCGUGUGAAGCGAGAUACUCUUGUUCUUUGAUACCUCUCUCUACAACAAACAAGGAACGCCACUUUUUAAACAUAUAACAUGUACAGGACUGCCAUUUGUUUGCGCAUGGUGUCAAUUGAAAAGCCAUAUCUGUUUUUCUUCAGUGACUAUAUAAAGAAGCAUGUCAACAAACUUCAGCUUGCUGUAUAGUGUUUGAAAUGACCAAAUUAUUUUAUUCCCAUCGUAAUCCAUUAAAGCACCACAGAACUCAGUUUGAAUGGAAUACCAUCGCAUGAAUAUUGUUAUGAUGUGGAGACUCUCAUUUCCCAACAAUUUCAGCGAGCCGGAAUUGUAAAUUGAUAUUCAUCAGAUGAGCUGUAAUGAAAACAGAAUAUUCAGUAAUCAUUAUUGUGAUUGGCAGCGGCCAUAACACUGGACCAGGAUAUAUAUUAUAUCACUUCUGAUGUUUCAUGUUCAAGUACAAGGAAUUAUGGUUCGAUAACUAGAUAUGACGAUGAGGUGAUCUUCAAAGAACAUUAGCUUGAAGGGCGACAAACGCUACUUGAGUGUCUGAUUACACAUUUUAGGCGGAAGCAGUUCCUAUAGGGCUUACAAUUACAUGUGCUGUGGAGUAUAUUGCUGGUGAAAAUUCACUUUCGAAACCAUUAUCAUAAUUAUCGUGUAAAUAUACAGCGGUUGCAAGCCUUUUAUUUUACAUUUUCGCCGAAUGUAGCAUGAAUUAUCUCUCUAAUUGAGAUGCCACUAAUCGAAACUCGUGCAUAGAUUGCACGUAGACAAUUAAAACUGUAAACACUGUCAAGAGCAUGCAUGGGAGUGCUCUUGAACAAUGUGAAGACUAUUGAUUGCCGUGAAGAUAAAUCAUUAGUGGUAAAUUUUGUCUUGUUGAUAUCGUGAUUCGUCAGAAAGGAGAGGACCACCAUCAUGCUACCAUCCCUUGGUAACAUACUCCUCGCCAUCAUCUUCUUGAGGGUGGGCGUGGCCGGGGCGGAGUUCAAUUAUACCACUUUACCAACAGACUUUGUCACCGUGGAGGAGGGAAAGGAAGCGGGCUUGCGGAUGAACCUUACCGGCAUCACGAAAACUCUCCAGAUUGAAACAUCGAGUAGCGAUCUGCAAAAGUUUACCCUCGAGCAAGCCAGCUUUCAGGUUAACCCCAUCUACGAAACGAUUCUGUAUCCCAAUGGUUCGACAGGCCAACGACUCAGAGACGACGGAAUACAGACUAUAACGAUUAUGAUAGGAGGUAUUUCAUUAGGUAUUAGACAAAUUGACUUUGUGGUGAGGGAUGAUAUGGGUUUAUUGGACCCUAGGUUUCAAAUCCAGCCGUUUAUUGUCAAAGUGAUCCGGACUCCAAGCUCAGUGGGAACUGUAUUCACCUAUAUCUUGUUGGUGUGGCUAAUGAUCAGUUAUGUCACCAUGGGGGUAAAGAUAGAAUGGGGCGUCAUCAAGAAAAAGAUGAAGAGACCAUUUGGCGUAGUGAUCGGUGCGAUGUGUCAAUUUAUUGUGAUGCCUGGCAUAGCUGCGCUCCUGGCGAGGGUGUUGAAUCUUGAACCUACAGCGUCAGUGGCUCUCAUCAUCGUUGGCUCGUGUCCAGGGGGAUGGCUCAGUAAUGUCUUCACCCUUUUGCUUGAUUGUGACUUGGUCUUGAGUCUUACAAUGACAUUCUGUUCGACGGUGAUUGCCCUGGGUAUGAUGCCAUUGAACCUAUUCAUCUAUGCCACACCAUACGCCAGGAACAACAGCAACAUCAGGAUACCUUUCGAGCAGAUCUUCAUACAGCUUAUCACGUUGGUCGUACCUCUAUUCAUAGGAACAUUCCUUGCUCAUAGAUACCCUCGAGUGGCUAAAUGGUUCCGAAAGCUCCUGAAGCCUAUAGCGGUUGUUCUUGUCCUUGUCGGAUUUGCUGCUGGACUCUGGGCCAACUACUUUGCCUUCGAGUCUCCUGCAGACAUCUAUCUCAGUGCGAUUAUAUUACCUUGUGUAGCCGCUCUCCUGGCUUUCUUUGUGAGUAAACUCACUUGCUUGUCUAACCAUUCAUCCAUCACCAUCGCCAUAGAAACAGGGUCUCAGAAUGGUCUCCUAGCGACAUCUGUUAUAGCAUUUUCCUUUCCUCAACCGGAAGCGGAUCUCAUGACCAGGGUUCCCGUUCUCUUCGUCACCUUCAUUUUCAUCGAAGGGUUAUGUAUGACGGCCAUAUACGUGGUCAUGAAACGGUUUCCCGGUCGAUUUGAGCUUCCAGAUGAUGACGAUCGCGUCGACCACGACGACUUAGGUGAUAAAGCAAUUAAAUUUGAACCAUCGCAUGAAAAUGGAAAUACAAAAUUGGACAUAUCAUCAAGGAUAGUUGGGGUUGGUUCCAGUGACUUCAAACAGUCCUCCAAACCAAGAAAGAAGACUAAACAAUCAUGGAUGUUCUCGAAGUCGACUCAGGUCGACCUUGACGAGAUUCGUCGAAGUUCUGAUAAUGCCAGGUCGAACGUUAUGUCCCAGGUCCGGUCCCAUUCUAGAUCUGUUUCCCAUGUCAACCAUGCUUACGACGCUGAGGAACAUGGACCAAUAUCUGUGUAUAAUAUCAGCACUGCCACAAUGGAUGAUACUGCGAACCAGAAUGCUCGUCAAGUCUAUAUAUGAUAAUUUUAAUAGACGAAUCUGUACUACAAAAACG